AUGGCAGUGCCUCCAUCGUCGUUAGAGAAGCAGUUCGACGCGUUUAGGGUUCAGCUCGAACAAUCUGGAAAGCUGCGUGACCAAAUUCGAAGCGUUGUUUCGGAGAUUGAGUCCUCCACUAGGCUCAUCUAUGCGACUCUUCUUCUCGUUCACCAGUCUCGCCCCACUCCCGAGCUUUUAGAGAAGGCCAAGUCUCAAGUCAAUGUGUUAAAAGAGCAGUAUAAGCAACUUGCUGAAGUUCUUGGAGGAAGUCCUGGGCAAUACCAUAGGUAUCAUGGUGACUGGAGGAGUGAAACACAGACUGUAGUUUCGAUGCUUACGUUUAUGCACUGGCUUGAAACAGGAAGCCUUCUCGAGCAUAAAGAGGCUGAGGAAAAACUUGGGUUGAAUUCAGACUUUGGUCUAGAUGUUGAAGACUACUUAAUAGGUGUCUGUUUUAUGUCUAAUGAAUUGCCUAGGUAUGUGGUGAAUCAAGUGACAGCUGGUGACUAUGAUUGUCCAAGGAAGGUCUUGAAGUUCUUGACAGACCUCCAUGCUGCAUUUCGAAUGCUUAAUCUUCGCAAUGAUUUUUUGCGAAAGAAGUUCGAUGGCAUGAAGUAUGACCUAAGAAAAGUAGAAGAGGUUUACUAUGAUGUUAAGAUUCGGGGUUUGACACCGAAUGGUGAGCCAGUUCAUGACUUGGAGACCAAGGAAUCAUAG